UCUGACAUGGCCCACUGAAGGGAAGGGCAAGAGGCAAGGAGGGGAGGAACUGAUCUUUCCAAAAGCCAGUUCCUGGGACCUGAGCUUGCUGCGGAGUGUACAGUCAUCCCUUAGCUGUGGAGGGACAGGUUUCUGGAACUAUCACCUGGGGCACCCUUCACCUUGAAACCCAGCAGGAGAGAGCCAUCUCUACCUGCCCAACCCUUGCUCUCAUUCCGCUUCUGCGGGGCCACCGGUCUCCAGCCAGUCCCAGCUGCCUGUGCCGGUCACCCGAUCCACCCUGUAGCCCUGCAAACUUUAUGCAACUGCUUUGCUCUUUGCACUUGGUGCCUUCUGGAAUGACCACAGGAUCUGACUCUCAUCUGUCGUCGUCGUCCUUUACUGCCUGGGGACCUUGUCUGCAUCAUCAGUAUCCUUGUCUCUGCCCCAGGCUGGCAUGAAGUGGGUGCACAGUGUUUGUGAAUUAAUGUCUAUCCUGGGGCAGAGUCCAGGACUGCUGAAGGCUCCUCCACACACGCCCGCUGAACCCUGAGCGCCCUGAGCUGCCGGCAUGGGGCGGGCUGAGGCCGCCGCCAUGAUCCCAGGCCUGGCCCUUCUCUGGGUAGCAGGGCUAGGGGAUACUGCCCCUAACCUUCCCCGCCUUCGGCUCUCCUUUCAAGAAUUACAGGCCCGGCAUGGUGUCCGAAGCUUCAGGCUGGAGCGGACCUGCUGUUAUGAAGCCUUGCUGGUAGAUGAGGAGCGUGGACGCCUGUUUGUGGGUGCUGAGAACCACGUGGCUUCCCUCAGCCUGGACAACAUCAGCAAGCGAGCCAAGAAGCUGGCCUGGCCCGCCCCCGUGGAAUGGCGUGAAGAAUGCAACUGGGCAGGGAAGGACAUUGGUACCGAGUGCAUGAACUUCGUGAAGCUGCUGCACACCUACAAUCACACCCACUUGCUGGCCUGUGGCACGGGGGCUUUCCACCCAACCUGCGCCUUUGUGGAGGUGGGCCACCGGCUGGAGGAACCCAUGCUCCAACUGGACCCGAGGAAACUUGAGGAUGGCAAGGGGAAGACUCCUUACGACCCAAGGCAUCGGGCUGCCUCGGUGCUGGUGGGGGAAGAGCUGUAUUCUGGGGUGGCAGCAGACCUUAUGGGCCGGGACUUUACCAUCUUUCGAAGCCUGGGUCAGAAUCCGAGUCUCCGAACAGAGCCCCAUGAUUCCCGCUGGCUCAAUGAACCCAAGUUUGUCAAGGUCUUUUGGAUCCCAGAGAGUGAGAACCCUGAUGACGAUAAAAUCUAUUUCUUCUUCCGCGAGUCCGCUGUGGAAGCAGCACCAGCAAUGGGGCGCAUGUCUGUGUCUCGUGUUGGCCAGAUCUGCAGGAAUGACCUGGGUGGCCAGAGGAGCUUGGUCAACAAAUGGACCACAUUUCUGAAGGCGCGGCUUGUGUGCUCAGUACCCGGAGUUGAGGGUGACACCCACUUUGACCAACUUCAGGAUGUUUUUCUUUUGUCCUCCCGAGACCGCCAGACACCUCUUCUCUAUGCUGUCUUCUCCACCUCCAGUGGUGUCUUCCAGGGCUCUGCUGUGUGCGUGUACAGCAUGAACGAUGUGCGCCGAGCCUUCUUGGGACCUUUUGCUCACAAAGAGGGGCCUACACACCAGUGGGUGUCCUACCAGGGUCGUGUCCCCUACCCAAGACCUGGCAUGUGCCCCAGCAAGACCUUUGGCACCUUCAGCUCCACCAAGGACUUCCCAGAUGACGUUAUCCAGUUUGCUCGGAACCACCCUCUCAUGUACAACCCAGUCCUGCCCAUGGGGGGGCGCCCUCUCUUCUUACAAGUGGGAGCUGGGUACACCUUCACCCAAAUUGCCGCAGACCGAGUAGCAGCUGCCGAUGGACACUACGAUGUUCUCUUCAUUGGUACAGAUGUGGGCACAGUGCUGAAAGUGAUCUCAGUCCCCAAGGGCAGCCGACCUAAUUCUGAAGGGCUUCUCCUGGAAGAGCUGCAGGUGUUCGAGGACUCUGCCGCUGUCACCAGCAUGCAAAUCUCCUCUAAAAGGCACCAACUCUACGUAGCAUCGCGCAGCGCAGUGGCCCAGAUUGCUUUGCAUCGCUGCACUGCCCUAGGCCGCGCCUGCGCAGAAUGCUGCUUGGCCCGUGAUCCUUACUGCGCCUGGGAUGGAUCAGCCUGUACACGCUUCCAGCCUACGGCCAAGAGGCGGUUCCGGAGGCAAGACAUAAGGAAUGGCGACCCCAGCACCCUGUGCUCUGGAGACUCUUCUCACUCUGUGCUGCUGGAGAGGAAGGUCUUGGGUGUGGAAAGCGGCAGCGCCUUUCUGGAGUGUGAGCCCCGCUCGCUCCAGGCGCAUGUGCAGUGGACCUUCCAACGUGCAGGGGAGGCAGCUCACACCCAGGUGCUGGCUGAGGAGAGAGUAGAGCGCACUCCUCGGGGGCUGCUGUUGCGGGGGCUGCGGCGCCAGGACUCUGGCGUGUAUCUAUGCGUCGCGGUUGAACAAGGCUUUUCACAACCACUGCGUCGCCUGGUGCUGCACGUGCUGAGUGCGGCGCAGGCUGAACGACUGGCACGGGCAGAGGAAGCAGCCGCUCCUGCACCUCCUGGCCCUAAACUCUGGUACCGGGACUUUCUGCAGUUGGUGGAGCCAGGCGGUGGCGGAGGUGCAAACUCCCUGCGAAUGUGCCGCCCGCAGCCCGGGCACCACUCUGUGGCAGCAGAUUCACGUCGUAAGGGUCGCAACAGACGGAUGCAUGUCUCUGAGCUCCGUGCUGAGCGUGGACCACGUAGUGCAGCUCACUGGUGACUCGGCUGUCCCCACAAUGGGACGAGGCUGAAUAUGACACUCCGAAGAGGGGGCAGACAGAUGCCAGGAAGACAAAUGAGUUAUGGCUGGGCCACACUGAGGUCCUUGGGCCAACAGAGACACCUAACCCUUACAUAGGCCCUGACCAAAGGGUAGCUUAUUUAUUAACAAGAUAACCCGGGGAUGUAGCCUCAAAGAGUGGCCUAAGCUCAAUUCAGGAUCUAACCAGAAGGGAGGGGACAGAGACAUGGGGUUCCAGAGUGGACCAUGAACAGAGAGAGAGUUGUCUUGGGUGGCAGCCCUGGGGAAAGAAUUCUCUUUCUUGGGCAGCAAGCAGCAAGCUGUGAACAGAUUAGACCGUUGGGUAUGGGGUGAGGCAGGCCAACUGUACUAAAGUAACGCAAUAAACACAUUAUCAGCUGACAUUGGAAUGGCCCCAGCAGACAACAGGUAGUCCUAGACCUUGCUGGGGGCUCUUGGGCAUCGCCCUAGGGGUCUCAAGACCUGCAUUUUCCUCAUCCAAGAAGGCUAAAGUGAAGAUUAAACGUGUUAUUAGACGAUUAUGCUGGUUCCCGUGAGCCUCUGGGGUACUGGCAAUACACAGUGCAUUAGUGGCAGGACCAAGCUCUCUGAAGUAAAACCGAUACUGGCUGUUGUGGGCAAGGAUGUAUUAAUUCACUGAACGGGUGACGUUUGAGCUGAAUAAGAAGGAGCCAAUCACCAAUGUCUGGUGACAGAACACUCUUGGGAUAGAAGAACCAGGGCAAAGUCGUGGAGCAGGGGACAGACCCUCCAAGUCUACGGAACAACCAGGAGGCUGAUAUGGUUAUGGCACUUGGACUCCCGAUGGUUUGGAAGGUAGAUCCCACCACCCCUGCUUUUCAUCGUUGAGAAGCUGAACAGAGUCCACCCAGACUAAGGCCUGCAAGCUGGACCAGCACCCUUCAAGAGAGCCACGUGCCUCUCUCCGUGGCCCAUCAAGCCCUUGUGGAGGGGAGAGGGAGGACCCAAACCUCUUGUGUUUAAGUGCUUUAGCCAUGCUUCUACAUUUUUAUUCUCAGUACAGUUGGCCAGGAACCCUUGUUCCUGUUUUAC